AUGUCAACAUCAGCAGACAUUACAUUUGCUCAGACACUCUGGUUGGUUGAGAACUAUACCAUUCUCUCUGCAAAUACAAUGUGGCUCAUGGAUUUUGUCUACACCUUGCCCAUGGAAUGGAGGGCAAUUUGGUCAAAGAAACUCACAGGAACAUCGAUACUAUUCCUUCUUAACAGAUAUUUAUUUCUUGGCUGGAGCUUUGACUUCUCAAGUAUAUUAAGUCCUCUUUGCAAUGAGAGUAUAUGCAAUAUCUGGACAAAAGAAGACUAUGAUCAAUUAGAUGUUAUACUUGAAGCAAUCACAUCAUUCUUGGCACUUGCUUUUGACACUAUCAUUUUCAUGAUCACCAUAAUGAAGACAUACAGACAUGGCAAAGAGAUGCACCGGCUUGGCCAGCUAAGUAUUGUGCAACUUCUUCUUCAAGAUGCAACCUUGGCAGCCUGUCUUGAGAUUAUCUCUAUAGUGGCACAAGGAAAUGUGAGGCUAACAUGGUUCAAGUGGCUUAAUGUGCCCACUAACAAAGCACAUCUAUACCAGCUUUCAUCUGCAAACUCUGAUUUUGAGGACCUCACGGGAGCUUACUUCAAUGUCCUCCCAAAUUUACUCAUCGGCCGACUGGUCCUCAACCUCCGCCUCUUUGAUCAAGCACCAAAUGCACCAUCCACAGGUCACCUCCCAGGUUUAAGCUUUGUUCAAAACCGGAUCCUUGGCAAUAUUGGUGCUCCAUUGGACCAUAGUCAAUGGGACAGCCUCAUGGACGAAGAAGUUGAGGGGGAGCAGGAUGUAAAGCAGGAUGAUAUAGGAGAUAGAACUGGAAAUGAGCUCAAUACUAUGAUUCCAGUGAUUUAUGGUGAAGAAAGUGAAGCAAUUCAGAUGGUGCCAAUCACAAGGGAUGUGUAA